AUGGCAACACCAACACCAAUCAAAUCCCUCUCACAAGCCUAUAAUAGCACAACCCACCUCCAAUCACAACACAUAGUUCCGCUCGAUUUCAACUCCAUUCGCGACCUACCAGAUUCCCACGUGUGGACUCUGCAGACAGAUAAUUUAUCUGAAUCUAAUAAACAGUAUUCUGUUCCCGUCUUAGAUCUGACUGCCCCAGAUGUUGUGGGCCUCGUUGCAAAUGCAUGUCGAGAGUGGGGAGUGUUUCAAGUGAUCAACCACGGGGUCCCAAUGGGCCUAUUUGAUGAUGUGGAGGCCCAGAGCAAGCGCCUGUUUGGGCUUCCGGCCCAACAGAAGCAGAAGGUGUUGCGUUUGCCCAACGAGAGUACAGGAUAUGGGGUGGCUCGAAUAUCGCCAUUUUUCUCCAAGCUGAUGUGGCACGAGGGGUUCACCAUCAUGGGCUCUGCGGUUGAACAUGCCAAACAACUUUGGCCCCUUGAAUACCAAGAUUUUUGUAUUUGCAGUGUACUGCAGCUAAACUCUUACCCGAGCUGCCCAAACCCUAAUCGGGCCGUGGGGUUGGGCCCCCACACGGACUCCAUGCUUCUCACGAUCCUCCACCAAAAUGACACAAACGGCCUCCAAAUUUUGAAAGAGGGCGUCGGGUGGAUCACGGUGGAGCCUGUCUCAGGGGCAAUGGUGGUCAACAUUGGCGAUCUAAUGCACAUUAUGUCCAAUGCACGAUUUCGACCGGUGUACCAUCGUGUCGUCCCAAGUCGCAUGAGGCAUAGGUUCACCUUUGCAUAUUUUUAUGGGCCUUCGCCCAAUUAUGUUGUUGGGCCAUUGGCUAGUAGGGUGUUGGAUGCCCCGCGUUUUAGGCCGAUGAUGGUCAAGGACUAUAUUCGUCUCAAGUACCACCAUUUUGACAAAGCUCUUGAUUUUGUUAGGCUUUGA